AUGUUUGCCUCGUACAUCGACGACACAUUCAAGCUAAGACUGUUGCCUAUCGGAUUUAUCCCUAGUACAGAUAGUAAAACCGGAGCAGACACUGCCGAUGCAAUUAUCGAUCGACUUCAAUCAGUUGGCUGGUCGGAAGAAGAAGCGAGGGCUUGUUCCAUUACUGCCGACGGUGCAUUAGCAAAUUUAGGUACAUAUUUUUCGUCUUAUAUUCGAUGCGUGAGCCACUCCAUCCAUCUUCUGGGUGAAAAAGUCGUUGACCCGUUGGAAAAACAUGCGAAGAUGUUGGACCCGGAAAUUAUGAAACUGCUUCCGAUCGCAAGAGAAUGUCUCGACAAUGCCCAAAACGUCUCUUCGGCCAUUAGAAACAACUUCCAAGCGUGUUCGGAGAUGUCACGUCUACCCACACUGCCAAACGAUACUCGCUGGCUGAAUGGACUCAAAUGUCUUGUGGAUGUUACAGAACUGAGCAAAGAAAUUCUUGAUUUAGUGUCGAAAUUGUCUCUGAAAGGCAGAACAUCAAUGUAUUGGCUUAACGAUCAUCCUGAAUACGACAAUGCAGUUCUCCACAUCUUGAAACCACUUCUGACCUACUCAAUCGAUUUUCAAAAGGAUCGGGACUUUACAAAGAUCGUGGACAAGGAUAUUGUGGAUUUGGAUCUGAUUGAAGCCAUGGCCACAUCUGGUCUCAAACCUCUCCAACAUUAUUAUUCACAGUUUGGGACCCAUCAUUAUGGAGCAACAUUGCUAUCUCCCCGUACAAAGCAUAUGAAGAACUUUACGAAAGAAGAAAGAAAAAGAGCUGCUCCACCAAAUGAAUCGUCGACGACACAUUCUUAUACAGUACUCCCGUUGAUUUCGGCAUCUGGCAAGCUUCAUCCCAAAUUAUUUGUGACGCUGAAAGAAUCAAAAGGGCAAUUUCCACAAAAAGGCCAUUUCCAAGCUUCAAAUCUUGAAGUUACUUGCCAUACUAGCCAUAUCAUGACGAAAGAACUUAUGAAAGUCUUCUUUCAAAAAAUCGUGUUCGACUCGUCUAUGCCGAAUGAUGCUCUUUUCAUUGUAGAUUCGUGGAACAGCUGGAAAGACACUGCCGCCAUCGAUUCGGUCACCCCUUCAUCCCACAAGUUGAAAUUAUUGACGAUUCCUGCUGGAUGCACUGGGCGUAUCCAACCAUGUGAUGUUGGCAUUUUUGGAUCCUUCAAGAAAGUUGUGAAGACACUCACCAACUAUGCCCAAUUGACCAACAGCAACUACAAGUUUCAAACCAGGGAUGAAACUCUGAAGCUCCUCUCCCUGGUCUGGCGGCAGCUGUGCUCUCCGAAGCUCGAGAAGUGGGCCCGAUAUGCUUGGGUUGCAGCUGGAUACGAUGUGCCCCGUCCAGCAAGUUUCGAAACUCCAGCACAACUUCUGUUUCCACGAGGUGUCGCUGGAGAUUGUACAAUGCAUGGUUGCUCCAGCACAUCAUAUCUCGACGAAAGUUUCAACGUGAAAAGUAGCGAGAAGAUCGAAGAAUAUUGGAGCCGUAAACGUCUCGAUUAUCCGGCCUUAUAUACAGUUGCAACAAAAGUGCUGUCAAUCGUGCCUAGUGAGUCGGUUUGUGAGACAACCUUCUCGACAGCUGCAUUUCUUUUGGACAAACGUCGAACACGUUUACGCACUGAAACCGUUGAAAAGAUCGUUGUCGGUAGUCAAAUCGCUUCGAAAAAUCCCGAUUGGGUUGAUGAUUUGAAAACUAAUUGA